CCCGUGUCCCCUGCAUCGGCAGGCGGAUUCUCAACCACUGCGCCACCAGGGAAGCCCCGAUACUGUCUUUAAGUGUUCUGAGAACCCAGGGGGAAUAAAUCAUUCCCUCAAUCAUAAAUGAACAGAAUGUGAAUCAAAACUACUAGACGUCAUUUUCCCUAGCGGGCAUCCCGGUCAAUGUUAGAACAAUCUGAGCAGCAGAUUAGGGCGGCUUCGGGUUUGGAGGAACUGCUGCAGAUCACCCACUUCGAGGACUGGAAGCUGUGGAGAUGCCGACUGAAGCUCAAAAGUCUCACCAGCGCCGACUCUCGCUCCGCAUCCCAUCGGUCCACCAGGUUUGCGGCCACUUUCUAUGACAUUGAGACGCUAAAAGUUAUAGACGAGGAAUGGCAAAGGACGCAGUGCAGCCCUCGAGAGACGUGCGUGGAGGUGGCCAGCGAGCUGGGGAGAAGCACUGACACGUUCUUCAAGCCCCCCUGCGUGAACGUGUUCCGGUGUGCCGGCUGCUGCAACGAAGAGAGCCUCGUCUGUGUCAACACCAGCACCUCGUACGUUUCCAAACAGGUCACUGAAUAUAGUUCCCUGUGCUAUACACUCUUUGAGAUAUCAGUACCUUUGACAUCAGUACCUGAAUUAGUGCCUGUUAAAGUUGCCAACCAUACAGGUUGUAAGUGCUUGCCAACAGCUCCCCGCCAUCCGUACUCGAUUAUUAGAAGAUCCGUCCAGAUCCCAGAAGAAGAUCGCUGUUCCCAUUCCAAGAAACUCUGUCCUGUUGACAUGCUCUGGGACAGCAACAAAUGUAAAUGUGUUUUACAGGAGGAGAAUCCACUCGCCGGAAUGGAAGAUCACGCUCAUCUCCAGGAGCUGGCUCUCUGCGGUCCACACAUGAAGUUUGAUGAAGAUCAUUGCGAGUGUGUCUGUAAAACGCCAUGUCCCAGAGAUCUCAUCCAGCACCCAGAAAACUGCAGCUGCAUUGAGUGCAGAGAAUCUCUGGAGAGCUGCUGCCAGAAGCACAAGAUAUUUCACCCUGACACGUGCAGCUGUGAGGACAGAUGCCCCUUUCACAUGAGAACCUGUGCAAAUGGAAAACCAGCAUGUCCAAAGCAUUGCCGCUUUCCAAAGGAGAAAAGGGCCGCCCAUGGGCUCCACGAUCGAGAAAAAUCCUUGAUUCAGCCUUGAUCCCCAGUUCCCCAUCCCUGUCGUUUUAAACAGCAUGCUGCUUUGCCAAGUUGCUGUCACUGUUCCAGGUGUUAGAAAAAAAAAAUCCGUUUUACAUAGUACUAUGGUGAAUCCAGGUGGACCUUCCAUUAAACACCAGCUGAGGAUUCCCUGGCUCUCUGACAGAUGUCUUGUAACUGAAGAUGCUCUGCACACCAAGGAAUGGAGAGUGAAAAAGGUUUGAUCAUCAUGGAAUGACAGGUACCACGUGAUUAAUUACUCAGAGCAGAUGAGGCAAUUUGCAUAGUCUUCAAGUCCUUUGCUAAUUGCAACUCUCUUGUGAAUUAUUCUGAUUCUUUCUUAUGCUGAUUUUGAUUUGUAUGAUCAGCACUGAUUAUCUGAUUACUGUCCAGCUUGUAGUUUUGAGUUUACCAAACUACUGUCUGUUGUUUCAUAUUUAAGUGUAUUUAAAGAAAAUAAACACAUUAUU